CUAAAAACAGCCCUGACACCCGCUCGAGCAGCCAGUUUGGGUGCCACACUAUACUCAGUGUGAGGAACAGGUUGAACCGGAGCAAUUACCGUGGACCUACAUUUCAAUUUUACUCUGAAAUAAGCGGCUUGGGACGUUAUAAUGCCGAAUUAACCAUUUCUUAUUAUUCAUUUGACACUUUUAACGUCUUAACGCAGUGAGUGGGUGUGUAUCAGAAGAGAAACGUCAUGGACAAUUUGGAGAAGCAGUUGAUUUGUCCCAUCUGCCUGGAAACAUUUACCAAACCAGUGGUCAUUUUACCGUGUCAACACAACCUGUGUAGAAAGUGUGCCAAUGAUAUCUUUCAGGCCUCCAACCCAUACCUCCCAACCAGAGGGGGGUCAGUGACCUCCGGUGGCCGUUUCCGGUGCCCGUCCUGCAGGCACGAGGUGGUCCUGGACCGCCAUGGGGUCUACGGGCUCCAGAGGAACCUGCUGGUGGAGAACAUCAUCGACAUGUUCAAACAGGAGUCCACCAGCAGCGCCAAGCCAGCGGCCCCAGAGAGGACAGAGGAGCAGGCCAUGUGCCAAGAGCACAAGGAGGAGAAGAUCAACAUCUACUGUGUGACCCACAGCGUUCCCACCUGCUCCAUGUGCAAGGUGUUUGGAGCCCACCAGGACUGUGAGGUGGCGCCGCUCAAAAGCAUGUACCAGACACAGAAGACGGAGUUGACUGACGGGAUAGCGAUGAUGGUGGGGAACAACGACAGGAUCCAGGGCAUCAUCAGUCAGUUAAAGGAGACCUGCCGGACCAUAGAGGAGAAUGGCAGGAGGCAGAAGUCCCAGCUGUGUGAGAAGUUUGACCAUCUGUACGCCAUCUUGGAGGAGAGGAAGAGGGACUUAAGUUCUAAGGUGGUGGCCGAGCAGGAAGAGAAGCUCAACUACAUUCGUGGUUUAACCAAGAAGUACAAAGAGCACCUGGAGCGGAGCUGUAAGACCGUAGAGACAGGCAUACAGACCUUGGAGGAACCAGAGAUGGCUGUCUUCUUACAGACUGUAAAAGACCUCCUUAAAAGGACUGGGGAGGCGUCGAGUACCUCCCACCUGGAGAAGGUGGAGCAAGGAUAUGAGGCGAUGGAUCACUACACUGUUAACUUCUGGAGAGAGGGCAGGGCCCUGCGUAGCAUUGACUUCAUCUCAGAUGACGAAGAUGAGUAUGAGGAGGUAGAUGGGGGAAAGGCAGAGGCUGAAGUAGGAGGUGGAUCCUCAACAGCUGCCCCACUCCCAUCCCCCGCCCCUUAACUCAGCCAACCACAGAGCACAGCCAACCAUCAGCCAUGGCCCAAACAGAGAUGGAGAGGAAGUGAGACAGACUCCCUCAUUUUUUUCUGGUUCCUAUAGAGUCAAUGAACUAAGCAGACCAAACCCAGCUGCUAAUGCAUUGAAGCCUAUGUGAGAGCCACCUCGUUAAUCAGACCGGAACUGAUCCUUUCCUUUUCAGUGGUAAACGGCCUGAGAGGGACAUCUUAACUUAUCCACCAUCUUUGGUCCAGACUCAAAGAUACUUCUUGCAGGAGUAGGAUGAAGUUGCCCCUGGACAUUGUUCUAAUGUCAGUUUUGAGUUUUCCCCUCCUCAUGGUUAAGGUUAGGAUUGGGGAAAGCUAAGCUGAUCCAUGAUCAGUGCCUAUGGACAACAUCUACCUGAAGCACACCUGCACAGGUAAUAGAUAGAUCCUUCUGACACACAACUCUCCCGGGACUUCCUCCCAAAGCUGUGGUUGGAUGCAGCUGGAUGUGGACAUGUUUUUUUCCCAAUAGGAGUGCAUUUCAGGAGUCAGGAAGUUCACUAUAGGAAGACUUUUUAGCCUGAUUAAAUUUGAUUUGUUAAAGAAAUAUGCUAACAAAGUAGUUUUUUGUGGCUAAUUUUAGUUUUCCCUCAGACUGCCGUUGUAGAGUUUUGUCUGAGCAGCAGUGUUGUUUCUUUAAUGAAGUUGGCAAGAUGCCACCGUCUGAACUACAUCAUUAGAGAAUAUCAUCAGCUGAACAUCUCACAAGAACUUCCAGAAGAUUUUUCUGCCUUUUAUUGUUUUUUUUUUUACUGAAAAAGUAUACAAAUAUAUAUAUGUAUUUGGUUACAUUAUGAAUUCACAUAGUAUAAUAAUAUAUACAGUACCUUCAGAAAGUAUUCAUACCCCUUUACUUUUUCCACAUUUUGUUGUUACAAGGUGGGAUUCAAAUUGAUUUCAUUUUUGUCAACGAUCUACAUAAAACACUGUAAUAUCAAAGUGAAAAAUUAAAUUAGAACAUUUGUAAAAUAUUUAUGAAAAAUGUAUGAGUCAUGUUAGAAUCACCUUGGCAGCAAUUACAGCUCAGUCUUUCUGGGUAAGUCUCUAAGAGCUUUCCACACCUGGAUUGUACAAUAUUUGCUCAUUUAAAAAUAAAACAAACUUCAAUCUCUGUGAAGUUGGUUGUUGAUCAUUGCUAGACAGCCAUUUUAAAGUCUUAAUAUAGAUUUUCAAGCCUAUUUAAGUCAGAACUUUAACUAGGCCACUCAGUAACAUUCAAUGUUGUCUUGGUAAGCAACUCCAGUGUAUAAUUGGCCUUGUGUUUUAGGUUAUUGACCUGAUAAGAGCAUUUUCCUCCCAGUGUUGGAAAGCAGACUGGAUCAGGUUUUUCUCUAGGAUUUUCUCUGUGCUUAGUUCCAUCCUGUUUAUUUGUAUACCUCCUAAAACUCCCUAGUUAUUGUUGAUGACAAGCAUACCCAUAACAUGAUGCAGCCACCACCUUGCUUGAAAAUAUGAAGAGUGGUACUCUGUGGUUUUGUUCUGUUCAAUUUUCCACCAAUAUAAUGCUUUGUAUUCAGGACAUAAAGUACAUUUCUUUUGCAGUUUUUUUUUGCAGUUUUACUUUAGUGCCUUAUUGCAAACAGGAUGCAUGUUUUGGAAUAUUUGUAUUCUGUACAGGCUUC